AUGACGAGUGGUUUUGUCAGCGAUGAUGACGAUGCCAACGAUAAGCAAAACAAGAACAACAACAACGAGAAGAGGAGCGCGGAUGAUGAAAGAGCGAUCGCGUUCGUGGACGAGAGUUCGGGGGAUAGUUUACGCAACGGCGUCGGGUUGAGCGCGUUUUUGGAUUUGACGGGUUGUUCGAACGUGGUGGAUAUGACGCCGACGGAAGAAUUUUCGAUGAAGGACGUGUGCUCGAUACGAACCGGGGAGCGCGUGGCACCGACGGCACCGCUGGUGUUUUUUAUAGGGACGACGCUCGCGGAGAGUGGGGAGAAGAUUGUGAGAAUAUGCGGCGAACGACCGGAAGCGUCGAUGGUGACGGUGUUGGUGUCGACGUGUAAGGAAACGCAACACGCAGGCGCGAGAGAGGUGAGAGAGGCGUUUGAUUUGUGCGUGAAAGACGUGGAGAGGUUGAUUUUAGAGAAAAUUGGUGGUAAUGGUGAUGGUGGUACUACUAAUAAUAACGCGAGCGGAAUUGGAGAAGGAGAGGAACAACAACAGAAACCGGCUGAAUCAAAAGAAGAAGAAGACGAUUGGGACGAAGAUUGGGGCGACGACGACUGGGAAGAUAAACAGAAGGAGAAAGCAUCUGCGGCGUUGGAAAAUACCAUUUUAGCAACGGUGUCUCAGAAAGUAGUCAUUCAGUUCUUCCCGGGUACGAUCAUUGCACCGUUAGGACCUUCGGCGUUUCGAUUUCCCACGUCGUCCGCGGUCGGCGAGUUUGCGCUCGAUUACUUCGGGGUUGAAAGGACGACGGCAUCGGAACUCGAUGGUAAAGAAACUUCCAUUUCGAAGAAUAAGAAUAAACAAACCUUCUCUCGCGCACAAAAACUGUCCAUUAUUGGCUCGCAACUAGACGCUUUCAUCACCCACGGCUUAGGUUUCGAUGAUGAAGAUCGCGUGGAUUUCUACGCGCUCGGUCCGAUUGCAAAGAAUAUAGCGCGAGAUUGCGUGGAUAGGAAAGACCAGAAGAUUCCGAACGAAGACGAUGAACUUGAUACGUUAGCAGUAUUAGGCGAUAAUGCGUACGAAACGAUCGAUGAAAAGUUGAGACAAAGCAAAAAAACGUGUUGCGUGAUGUUGGUGGACCGAGCGAUGGAUCUCGCGAGCGCCUCCGCGGUAUUCACAGAUUCCUUCUACGGACGUAUCGAUGAAGUCGCGUCUACGAACGGAGCGUUUUCUUCGCUCGACGCUGAGAAACAGGUGAGCGACGAGACCGCGCAUCGCGCUUUAGAAGAAGAACUGUCGAGGAUGUCGUUUCGCGACGCGUGUAGGAAAGUUUCGAGAUUACUCUCAGAAGCGGCGAGAAGUGACGGCGUACACGUCGAAAGUGUAAUCGCAAACGCAGAUGCGCAGACGUCGAAUAAAAACGUUAAUAAUGACAUCACGUCCGCGAGGUUACGCGCUCUGCGACAGGCAAUAUUAGAUAGCGUAGGUAGUAGUGAUGGUAGUCAUAGUCAUCAGUGGACGUUACGACUGGCGUCGGUCUGCGCGGCUGCUUUGGAACUAGAAGAAGGAUCAGAAACGUCAGAUGCAAUUGGAAAUGUGCGAACGCUCUCGGCGACUGCACACGCGUUUGGUUCUUCAGGUGUUGCUGCUGAACUCAUCAGUGCUUUAUCUGGGAAGAGAAAACAAGUGUGUGGCGUUUCGUGCGCGCGAGCGUUUGCGUACGUGGCUUGCGGCAUGACGCUCGCCGGAGAAGCCGUCUCUCGAGAAUCCAGCGCAGAUGCUGCGAUGCAUCAAAUGGACGUGAACGAUAGCGCAUUAUUCAUGAAUGGUAAUAAUGACGGCGAAAUAUUUACGAGAAAAGAUGCAAAAGCAAUCGAAGAAGCUUUGAAAUGUGCGAUUUGUGAAUGUGUCUGGAACGGCGACGAUAGGAAUAGCGAAAACGUCACUUUCCUCGGGAAGGAAUUAUACGACGCAAUCUCCGAAGCUCGAGGGUAUAAAAAAGAAGGAGAUGAAGAUGCAUCGCGUGACGAAGGGAAGGAGAAAGAGAAAGAGAAAGAGAAAGAGAGUGAUGAUGAAGAAGAUGGUUGGGGUAACGACGACGACGGUUGGAGCGUGGACGACGACCCUCUUUUAGUACACCCGCCGCCAUCGUUGAGGACACCUCGAGUUGAACUUCCGGAUGAUGUUCGAUUAUUCCUGGACGAUUUUGUUCAAGAUAAAGCGCUAUUCACGAGUACGUGCGAACUCAUAGUCUCUUCUCGUGUCAUAUGCAGGGAAAAAACUUCAUCAGGGGAAGGUAUGAUGAAUAACGCUACCGUAUCCAUUCCGUUGAAGCACUCCCGAGGUUCACUCAUCGAGAACGAUGGUGCAUUCACCUCUCUCGUUGCCGAUAUCGCAUCGCGUGUCGCGUCAUCGAACGAUACUUCGGGGUGUUGCAAAGAUGCCGAACGUAUCACGGCAUCUGGAUCCAUCGGAACACUCCUCGCCUCGGCGACGUCCACCGCCGGUGGGUUCGUCAAAGGUUUUGGCUCUGGGCUCGGUAGACUCGCGGGUAACGUGCUCGAUAAAGUUUCCAGCACGGGGGCGUAUUUAAGGAUGAAAUUAUGGCGGCAAAAAAUGCAUGGAGAGAAAACGGUGGUGAAGCGAGCGGGCGGUUACUCCUAG